GGGAGCGCGGGGGUAGCGCGCGUCAGUUCCGCGCGGGGCUGUCGGAGCGCCAUGGCUGCCCCGAGAGAAAAUGUCAGCUUACUCUUCAAGUUAUAUUGCUUGGCAGUGAUGACCCUGGUGGCUGCAGCUUAUACCAUAGCUUUAAGAUACACAAGGACAACAGACACAGAACUCUACUUUUCAACCACAGCUGUGUGUAUCACAGAAGUUAUAAAGUUAUUGUUAAGUGUUGGACUUUUAGCUAAAGAAACUGGUAGUUUGGGUAAAUUCAAGGCAUCUUUAAGUGAAAAUGUCUUGGGGAGCCCCAAGGAGCUGAUGAAGCUAAGUGUGCCUUCGUUAGUGUAUGCUGUUCAGAACAACAUGGCUUUCCUAGCUCUUAGCAAUCUGGAUGCAGCAGUGUAUCAGGUGACCUACCAAUUGAAGAUCCCUUGUACUGCUUUAUGUACUGUUUUAAUGUUAAACCGGACACUCAGCAAAUUGCAGUGGAUUUCAGUUUUUAUGCUGUGUGGUGGAGUCACACUAGUACAGUGGAAACCAGCCCAAGCUACAAAAGUGGUGGUGGAACAGAAUCCAUUAUUAGGGUUUGGUGCAAUAGCUAUUGCUGUAUUAUGCUCAGGAUUUGCAGGAGUGUAUUUUGAAAAAGUCUUAAAGAGUUCAGACACUUCCCUUUGGGUUAGAAACAUUCAAAUGUACCUAUCAGGGAUUAUUGUGACAUUAGUUGGCGCCUACUUGUCAGAUGGAGCUGAAAUUAAAGACAAAGGAUUUUUCUAUGGUUACACAUAUUAUGUCUGGUUUGUCAUUUUUCUUGCAAGUGUUGGAGGCCUGUACACUUCUGUUGUGGUCAAGUACACAGACAACAUCAUGAAAGGCUUUUCUGCAGCAGCUGCUAUUGUCCUUUCUACCAUUGCUUCAGUGAUACUAUUUGGAUUACAGAUAACACUCACCUUUGCUCUGGGAACCCUUCUCGUCUGUGUUUCCAUAUACCUCUAUGGAUUACCCAGACAAGACACUACAUCCAUCCAACAAGGAGAACCAGCUUCAAAAGAGAGAAUCAUUGGUGUGUGAUUUGGAGCCUCAAGUGAUUCCUGCUGUGACUGAACUAUUGCAUUAAACUAGAGCCUUAAGUCAAUCCCAGAAGGUAGCUUAAACAAAUAACAAUAAUAAAUGAACUGUAUAGCAUAAAAAUCAAGAAGGAUACAGAGAUUCAGUGUGGGCCUGUUUAGGGCCAAGCUGUAUUAUUUUAGAAGAAGCAAUUUUAUUAUGUGUA